ACGGCUGCAGGCCUGGUGCGUGACCGACUGAAAGCGAAUUAACUUCCAGUACAGCAACUCUGAAUUUAACUACACUUCACCAUGCCGAAGAAAGCAAAAGGAAAAAAGAAAAAAGAUGAAAAAUCUGAUGCGAAGGUUUCCACGGAUUCAGAUGUGGAAAAGGCAAAAGUCAAUGCUACUUUGUGGGAAUCCAAGUUGAAUGUUAUUGAGAAGUCACAAAUGGAGUAUCGCAACACAGCGCGAAUGCUUGCAAGAGCCAAUGAAUCUUUAAUAAAUGAUCGGUUUCAAGUAGAGAGGAAUACUAUGGAAGUGAUCUCAUAUUUAAAGAAACAGGACUUGGAGAAAGAGGCUAAGAUUAACCAACUUCAACAGAAGUUAAUUGAUCAAAAGCAACAAGCGGCUGAUGAGAAUAAGAAAAUGAUCGAAAUCCACACCCAACAAACUGAGCAUUUGCAAAACAAAAUGUUGCAAAAGAUGAAAGAAAUGCAGCUAAUUCAAGGAGAAUUGAACAGGGUCAAAGAAUUCAGGAAGAAACAAGUUUUCCUGGAAAAUGAAUUGGAUGAUAUAAAAGAGGCUAUGAACACAGCAAACAAAGAACACAAAGAAACACUGAGGCAGCUGGAAAACAAAUUUUUUGAAGGAAAGGUCCGUCUGGAGCGGGAGGCAGAGCAGAGGCUGAAUCAGCUGAGUGAGCAGGCUCACACUGAAGCCGUUAAGAAUCUUAACGAAAGGGCUCAAAGUGUCUUUAAAGAAAAUGUAAGACUACAUGAGACAAUAAAGAUCUACAAGAUGGAAGAAGAACAAAGGAGGAAGAGCUACAAGGCUCUAGAAGAUAAAAACACACAGCUUGCCAGUGAAAAGGAAACCAAUGAGCAAUUAGUGAAAGAGAAAGUGUCAGACAGCAAGCAGCAGAGAGAAAAGAUCAAUGAGCUUCAAACAAAGGUUGAGAACCUGGAGAAAGCUUUGGGACACAUGGCGGCUGAGUUUGAGACAGCGAAACAGAAGAUAAAGAAAGAAAAUGACUUUAAAAUGGCAACCAGCCAGGUAGAGAUCUCAAGGCUAGGGGAAGUAAUUAAGCUGAAAGAUAAAGAAAUGAACCGGGUGAAGAAACUUGCUAAAAACAUCUUGGACCAGCGCACCGAUGUAGAAAUGUUUUUUCUGCAAUCCCUUGAAGAAGUGAGGCAACAAAUUGCCUAUAGUCGGGCUCAAUAUAAACAAGCAGCUCAAAUUGCAUUUCAGAGAAAGAUGUUAAAGGCACAGACUGGCAAGGAGGAUUAUCCCAAAAUCAGGACCUUUGCGAAAAGCGAGUACAGUACAAACUGUGUGUACCAAGAUAUGGAAGAAGCUGAUAAGAGCAUUCAUAUUGGAAAAGUGAGUAUCUCCGACUUGACCUGGGAGCAGAAGGAGAAAGUUUUACGCCUUUUGUUUGCAAAGAUGAAUGGACUGAAAACAAACAGGAAACAGUAUAAUAAAAAUUUGGUCUCCUCAGCUUCACCCGAGACUAUAAAAGAGGUAGAACAAGCAAGCACACAAGAUGAAAAUCCCAAUCCCACUUUUAUAACCCAGGCUCCUAUUGAUUCGGUUUCAAGUCAUGUCAGCACUUUACCAGAUCUCCAGUUGCCGAAAGAAGUUAUGUUACCAGAAAUUGUACCAACGUAGAUUGUUAAAAAAUUAAACAAUGGAUUUAUAGUGAAUUAGUAUCUGAAAAGGUGCAUGUGAGAAAAAUCCUAAAAUUGGUGCUCAAAGAGUGAAAUUUCAAUUAAAAUUUAAGUUUUUUUAAGAGCUUCAAACAUCACAUUUUAAAAUAGAAACUUUGCUCUAAGUGGGACGGAGUUGUACAUUGGACAAUGCAGAAGAAAGGCAAAGCACAUUCUGGUUUUAUCACCCCACUAAAACUAUGAUUUCAGCUGCGUUGCCCCAGGGCUAUGUAACCUAGAUAUUUGGUUUUCACCCUGAAGUCAACAAAUGGAUUUCUGUGUUGUGGAAUACCUAACAGUUGCUGAAGAGCAACUCCCAAAGACACUUAUGGACUUUCCAAUCUAGAGGCACAGUGGACCCUGUCACCUAAAACUCCACCACAAAAAAUUCAGGGAGCUGUACAGUACUAGCAUUUGACUUCCUCCAAGUUCAGCUGCACACAAAUAUUUCUCCACCUUACACUUCAUGUGUUUUACUAUGACCUGCAAGCUGUGAUAUUAACAAAUGGGCCUACAGUGAAGGGUGGUGUCAAAGAUGCAUCUACAUCCUAACACUUCCCUCAAAUCUUAUCCUGCUGCAAUUUACAUUAUGCCUUCAACAAACCUAUGGAAGAGUUUAAUCUUCAACACUAAUGGGAAAGUUUCACCUACACGGCAGAACCAAAUGAUCCAAACUUUAGUAAUUAUGCUCCAGCAAGCACACUUGCAUUUAUUUAUUUUAUUUUGAGAUACAGCAUGAAUAGACCCUUCUGGCCCCAAGAUCUGCACCACCCAGCAAACCCCAUUUUAACCCCAACCUAAUCACGAUUAGUAAUCACAAUUGAUAAUAAUCAAUUAACCUACCCCAUACGUCUUUGGACUGUGGGGGGAAAACCCACACAUUUCAUGGGGAGGACAUACACGGAUUCCUUAGGGAGCAGGGGCCCCCAACCUUUUUUGCACCAUGGACCGGUAGAUAUUGACAAUAUUCUUACGGACCGGCUGAUCGGGGGUGGUUGUUCAAGUAGGGUUAAACUCACCUCAACAUGUCUUUUACAGUUAGGGUUGCCAACUUUCUCACUCCCAAAUAAGGGACAAAAUUAGCAGUCAAAUCCCAAGACACUUGCGUUUACCCCAGGUAAGACUACCAUGACCACGAAACCUUGCACGGACACCUGCGUGCGCAUGCGCGCCGACUUUUUCCCCCCACAAAUCGGUUUUGGCUUAAUCUUCCCAAUUAUACUGUACAUACAUUAUUUCUACUUUAUAUAGGCUCUGUAUUUAUCAUAUAAUUCCUGCUUUUACUAUAUGUUAGUGUUAUUUUCGGUUUUAGUUGUUAUUUGGUGUGAUUUGGUAGGUUAUUUUUUGGGUCUGGGAACGCUCAAAAAUUUUCCCCAUGUAAAUUAAUGGUAAUUGUUUCUGCGCUUCACACCAUUUCCGCACGAAAGGUUUCAUAGGAACGCUCUACCUUAGCGGGGGAAAUAUGGGACAAGGGUGGUCCCGUAUGGGACAAACCAAUUUAGCCCAAUAUACGGAAUGUCCCGAUAAAUACAGGGCAGUUUGCAACCCUAUGUUCAAGUUCAACAGUGUGACAGGGAAUGAGGAAAGGUGCAGCUGACUCGUACUGUUUCCUCACGGCCCGAGGCCCAGUGGUUGGGGACCGCUGUAUAGAGGAUACCACAAUAGAACUCCGAUGCCCUGAACUGCAAUAGCAUCAUCGCCACUGUGGCAACCAUUUGUGCUUUCUGAGAAGCUGAACUUUAAACGCUUGAUUGAAGUGUGAGAAAAUAGGUCUUACAUUCAGUGUUAAGGCAAAGGUUCUCCCUUUUGCAUCAUAUUGUCCACUGAUAGUUACAGAAAGCCUCUAGAAAAACAGAUCUUCCCCCAUAUUGUGGAGUCUUCCAGAUGAUUCAUGAUGAAAUUCACCACAAUCUUCUAUGCUUCUUUAGCCAAUUAAGAAAACAGGUAUUUGAGGAUCAAUUAUCCAAUCUGGCAUAAAAUGUAUAGGUCCACUAUAGGUAUCAGUGAUUCUCACCCUCCUACAUGUGGUACCUGGAGAUCUAUGGCCAUUAGCUCAAGGCACUCAAAAAAUACCAACACUAUUUAUAUCAAAGACCUCCAAACUCACCAUUAGGAUAAGCGGACCAUGUCAGCAGAGCCUGCCAGACCAACAUCUGCAGCACAGAAACUAUAGUUACACAUACAGUACUGUGCAAAAAUCUCACGCACAUAUGAAUAGCUAGGGCGCCAGACAUUUUGCACAGUACUAUAUAUUGAUUAAAAUUGGAAGGUGGUCAGGAAACAGAAAUAAGAGUACUCAGCUUUGUGUUAGGUCAGUAGUAUUAAGUGCUAUUUGGAGACUGGAAUGACAUUAUACUGUACUGUGCAAAAGUCUUAGGCAUCCAAGCUAUCUUUUUGAAGAAAUGAACAUACCCACCAAUAAUGGAAAUGAAUAACAGUCGAUGUUUCAGGCCAAGACCCUUCAUCAGGACUCAAUAUCUGAUGAGGUCCUGCAGGGUCUUAGCCCAAAACAUCGACUGCUUAUCCAUUUCCAUAAAUGCUGUAUGACCUGCUGAGCUCCUCCAGCAUUUUAUGUGUUGCACUCUGGAUUUGCAACAUCUGCAGAAUCUCUUGUAUUUGUCCCCACCAACCUAUGGGAACCUCUCGCCCAUGGAAGAGCAUUGAAGAUGAGACAGAAUCUUGAGGUCAUGUGAUGGACCACAUCACAAACAAGCUAGCCUUCAUAUGCCCAAAAGGUGAAAUAAUCUACAAUGGCCUCGUUAGUCAUCUCAUAGCCAGAGUGCAAGCAGACUCAAUGGACUGAAUGGCCUAAUUCUCCUCUUAUGUCUUAUUGUCUUAAAUCAUUCUCGCUUUCCAGAGACUGCCCAAGAACCAGCAAUUCUAUCAUUGAGAAAAUGGCAAAAGACAUUUGAAG